AUGGAUAUACUACCAGCCGGAUCACGCUUGGCAGUCGUCCGCUCCCAACUCGCCGUCGACUCAAGCUCGGAGGGCUCCUGCACUCCGCCUGGCUCCGGUAAGGAACCCUUCCCAGAUUACAACGAAUUCGACUGCGAUACCAUUGCGUCCCAGUGCACUGCUGAUCAAUGUCACGAUGAUGCCUGGAACUACGCUCUCGGCAAGGCCAUCCAGGCUGAGAUCCGUCAAUGCCAAGUCGACCCCAACAUCAUUCCAUAUGUGCCCAGCGAACCGGGCGAGCGUAGCCAGGUCGUCCUCGAAGAGUUGAAAGAGCUUCUUUCGGAUCCUCAAAUGCGUCCACAGACUCGCCACCGGUACAUCACUCUUCUCAACAUCACGCUCCACCUUAACCAUGUAAUCUUUCACCAGAACCCAGAGUUCCUGGCUCCCAAGGAGACAUCUGACGCGAAGCUUCCGACUGAGACUAUCCUGACACAUCUUGCUUGGCUGGAUGCUAUGUUGAAGGAGCAAUGUCAGGCUGUCGACGACAUCGCAUUUGUCCUGAGGCAAAUAGAGCAUGAUGACAUUUCUGUUUACGAGAAGCUUCGCGAGAUGGCUCGUGUCGUUGCCAGAGGCUUGAAGAAACCACGUCCUCUUGAACGCCAACUCCUCGAGCUAUACCACGCUCUGUUUGAAGAAUGGGUACACACACCUUUCCUCCGUCUUCGAAACUGCCAAGUCCUCACCGAAGAAACCACGAGCUUGGCUCGUACUGAACUCACACGUCACGUCAUUGCAAUCUGGGACGUCAGCUCACGAUGUAUUGAGAACUACGACGCGUACACCUGGGCCACUCUGCAAAUUCGCGAGGGAUUUUUCGUACCCACAAUGGACCAUCUCGUCCAUGCCACAGAUGUCUGGGAGCAAUGCUGGAACAACGAUAUGGCAAUUACAGACCUGACAGAAUGGACCGCACACUGA